AUGGAAUUUUUUCCCCUGGACCGGGGCCAGCGCCGGGGCGGGGGGGUGGCGGUGGGGGGGGGGGGGAAGCCAGGCCGGACUGGGCCUGGCGAUGGGGAGGGGCCGGGGCGGGGGCCCCCUGGGGAGGGGGCUGGUCCGGCGGGGUCCCGGGCGGGGGAGCCGGGCCCGCAGAGCCGGGAGGAGGCGCAGGCCGGAGGGAAUCGGGGAGGAGGGAAGGAGGAUGGCGGGGACGCCGGGAGGAAGGGGAGAGGCCGUCGGGCGGCGGAGGCGGGGAGAGGAUGGAGAGCUGUCGGCGGCGGCGGCGGGGCCCGGCUCAGCCCGGCCCGGGCGCUGCCCACCGAGACCCCUUCCCCCCGACGCUGGAGCUGCGGAGCCGUGAGUCUGCGGAGAGGGAGGGGGAUGGGCCCCGGGACCCGAACUCCAGGGUCCCUAGGGGGAGGAGGCAGCCGGGGGCCCGGAUUUCUGGGUUCUUGGAGGAGGAGGGGGCUGGGAACCCAGACUCCUGAAUCCUUGGAGGAGGGGACUGGGGGCCUGGAUUCCGGGAUCCAGGAGGAGGAGCGGACCUGGGAGUCCGUGACCCAGCCCCCUCCCUCAGAAUUCCAGAAUGCGAACCCCUAG